AUGCGCGUCGUUAUCGCUGGUUCUGGUGACUUGGCUCGCUACAUCUGCGAAGAGUUCACCAAAGUCGGUCACGAACUCGUCGUCCUGACCCGGAAGCACAAAUCACAAUUCGAACUUGCAGGUGUUACCCAGUUCAUUACCGACUAUAGGUUGGAGUCGCUAAGCGCCGCACUGGCGAAUAGCGAGGUGCUCAUAUCGACAAUUUCGGACUGGACCUCGUCAUACACCGACGUGCACCGUACUCUCAUCCAAGCCUGCCAGCAAAGCCCAACAUGCAAGAGGUUCAUACCCUCGGAGUUUGUAGGCGAUAUUGAGACGUACCCCGACCAGCCCGGCUAUUACUCCCGUUGCAGAGACCCCGUCCGCAAAGUCCUACGGGAGCAAACAGACCUCGAGUGGACUCUCGUCGCGAUUGGCUGGCUGGCUGACUACGCCGUACCAGCCAAGAACCGGUACAUCAAGGACAUUGGCGAUGGCGUUCCCAUCAACCUGGCUGACAGCCGCAUUGUGAUUCCAGGGACCGGAAACGAGCCCGUGGAUAUCACAUGGGCGCGAGACGUUGCCAAAGCGCUAGCAAAGCUCGUCGACGCGCCAACCUGGGAGCCCUACACCUACAUAUCCGGCGAGCGUACAUGUUGGAAUGAUGUCGUGAGGCUCGUCAAACAGAAGUUCGGCCCAGACCUCAAGACCCAGUACCGCUCACUCUACGAGCUUGUGGAGACGGCCAGGACCUCCAAGGACGAAGAACUUGUACUCGUGGUAGACCAGCAGAUAUUCUCUGUAUCUCAUGCGGCCUCUUUGCCUGAGGAGAAAGUGCAAGCUCACCGACAAAAGUAUUUCCCGGGUCUUCGUUUCCGAACACUGCAAGAUGGUUUGGCCGAGUUGGAUCGUGAUGCGGAAGCUAUUCUGUAG